AACAGCAAUUAGUGGUGUCUGAUACGAGCGUCCCCACUGAAGCUAAAACAAUUGUCAGUGGCAAAGUGUGACCCUUUCUUGUUCAAUGCAGGAUAAGAAAAGCAAGGUUCCACCGAACACUUUCACUUCUGCGGGGCAAAUUCCUAGUCAUUUCCCUAAAGUCGCCUUUCCAGUGUGAAAGCAUUGACCAGAAGCUCGUUGAAGCCUUUUCUCUCAGACUGCCGGUUUCACUCAGCUCAUCUGCUUGGAAGUUUUUUUUAGGUGUGCCGAGUUUCAAUGAUCUGCUAGCUUGUUGGAAAUCUUUCCGUUGGUGAUCGCCCCAUCUCUGGGAGAUCUUGGAGGUCAACUUGCCCUGCCUCCACGGAAAUUGUCCAUGUGGAACCUGAACUUACCUAUAAGUUGGACAAUUCUAAGAUAUUGCACCUGAACCAACCCUCACCAUCGAAAAGGGCAAGUUCAGUACUGCAUCCAGCCUGCUUGUGGUGGUACUAAUGUCUUUCUACGUCCAAAAUUCCAGCAUAUUCAGUCUUCUCGACGUUUAUCUAUAAAAACUAUAACCUGCAAUGGUUGGAGGCUUGUCAACAUUGUCGCUCAGGUCGUGUGUCCGGAUAUCAUCAGUUGAAGGGUGCAUGCUGAAGGUGAGGAAAGGUCUACCCAGUCACUGAUGGAUGGGAAUGGAACAGGGAUGAGAGGGGACUAAUAGCAGUGGGGUCGUUUUCCAUCGUUCGAUUCAUCCAUUUCUCUGGGGAAUGCAGCUCCAGAAUAACUAGGAACUUUUUAGUCAAUCAGUUCUGAGAUCAUGGAGAUUUGAAUAGCCCUUUUUUGAAGAUAUUUCCCUGUCUUUCGGUUUAAGAGAAGUUAGCAAAGCUUUUCCCUCAUUGCAGCUCUGCUACUGCCAGUCUUCAUUCAUCAGCAGUAGACCAGUGAAGUUGCCUGAGGGUCAGUAGCUGGCAUGGGUAAGCCAAGGGACAAGUUUUGGGAUCACACUGAAGUCAUGCCAAAUGAAGGUGAGGCCAAGGAUCGGUGGAAGUGUAAGUUCUGCCACAAACUAUUUUCUGGGGGAGCUUCCAGGAUAAAGGCGCAUUUGGGUAAGGUGGAAGGCAAAGGAAUUAAAGUUUGUGAAAGUGAAGUUGAUGAAGCUACGAUGAAAGAAGCUAGCGAGGCUCUUGAGAAGAGUACAAAGAGAAGAAAGGUAGAGACUGAAACCAAUUCAGCUCAAGUCAACCCACAGCAGGUGGUGGCAGAUUUGCGAAUUACUCUGCCAUCUCCUAGCCAAAGCAACCCCAAUGCACCAGCACCACUGCAGCAGAGUCCUGACCCAAUCCACCUGACGGGCCUGCCUCUGCUAUUUGCGUCGAGGGUCAAUCUAGAUGACAUCUCUAAUUCGCAUAGCAUUUUUGGGGAUUCUAGUGAAAACUUAUUACGAGAAGUCUGCGGUGGAGCAGAGGUGGAAGGUCCAUCAAAUGCUCAUGUGUACAAUAAUGAAAGAAGUAGCAUACCAUGUUCAAGCUUUGUCACAGAAGCAGCUGACCAAUCGGGUUGGCUUGAACGCAGCACUCCCCAACUAGAAGACCUGCCACCUUUGCAAGAGGAUCAGUGUAGUUCGUACGUACAUGAGCUACAGGUUGAAAAUGCAAAUCUACUCUCACUCGAGAUCCAAUCCGUGCAACCAGAUUGUCCUGUUCUGCUACCCCAGAAUGUUCAGCCAUCUCUUCCUGAAAGCUUACGUAAUGUACCACCGUGGGUGAUAUUAGAGGUUAAUUCCUGCGGAGACAACCCAGUGCAAGAUCAACCCGAUCCAGUAGUUGAAGAUCGUGAAGCUAAUAGCAUUAUGCUCGAGCAAAUCAAUCGUUUUGAUCCAAUGCGGAUUGAUCCAGAUCCCGACAACAAAGACAAUGGGAACAGUGCUUCAGUUCUACCUUCUUCUGAGCCGAACACAUUUGUAAGGGAAACUACCCAGCGUGAGGUGUUAGCACCCAAAUUAGUGGGUCGAGAACGGAUUGUAGAUGAACUCUGGGAUUACUUAAUGACAAAUGAUAUAUUAUGCAUCGGAGUCUAUGGGAUGGGGGGAGUGGGGAAAACCACAACAAUGAAACACCUCUAUAAUAAAGUGCAUGACAUUGCUGCCUUUGAGAAUGUAUUUGGGUCACGGUGUCAAAAGACUGCAGUAUCCACGAGCUUCAAAAUAAGAUUGCCAGAGCCCUCAUGGUUCCUAACCUUUUCAAGGACGUUGACGAAGGGAUGAGGCCAACAUUGUUGUUCAACCACUUAAAGGAGAAAAAGAAGUGUCUAGUUAUUUUAGAUGAUAUGUGGCAGCAUUUUGAGCUUACAGACGUUGGUAUUCCAGUCAAAAGAGAUGGUGUUCGUCUGGUCCUAACAACACGAGAUCUUGGUGUUUGCGAAAAGAUGUUGUGUCAAGUGAAAAUUGGAGUUCGACCCCUAUCUGAUGAAGAAGCAUGGGCAUUGUUUAUAUUGACACUUGAUUCUGAUCAACCUCCUAGUCAGAAACUUGUUGCUGAGGAUAUUGUUAAGGAGUGCAAAGGCUUGCCGUUAGCUAUUGUUGUCAUGGCGGGAAGCAUGAGGGGAGAGGUCGAGGAUCAUGUAUGGGAAGCCACGCUGGAAAAUUUAAAACGACCAGGAGUUCUGGAACAGAGUAUGAAAGAGAGUGUUUUCCCGAUACUGGUGCACAGUUACAACCGCUUGGAUAAGAAGAAACAACUAUGUUUUUUAACGUGUGCUCUAUAUCCUGAAGAUCGGUCAAUCCCAAGACAAGAACUGAUAGAACUUUGUAUUGAUGAGGAGGUGAUUCAUGAAGAUAGGAGGCGGAAGAUGUAUAACGAAGGGCACAGAUUGAUAGAUGAACUUGAAAAGGCGUGCCUCUUGGAGGCAUAUGGUGCAGGCGGUAGAGGAGUUAGGAUGCAUGAUGUGAUUCGGGAUAUGGCACUGCACAUCAUGAACGAGAACAACGCCCCAUGCAUGGUGAAAUCUGGCUUGGGUUUGGAAGAUGUGCCGGAUGAUGAGGAAUGGUUGCCUAAUCUUCAGAAGGUCUCUUUAAUGAGUAAUCGCAUAAGGGUAGUUCCACCCUCCAUAUCACCAAAUUGUCCUCAACUUGCAACUCUGUUGUUGAGUGACUGUUUUUUUUAUAAAAUCUCAAAACGUUUCUUUCAGCGGAUGCAGGGGUUGAAGGUUAUUGAUUUGAGAAGGACUGGAAUCACAGAAGUGCCAAAAUCCGUCAUGAACUUGAAAAAGUUGAACGCACUAGUACUCACUUUGUGCUUUAAAUUAUCUCGUAUUCCGUCCUUGGCGAAGUUGACAUCGUUAAGGAAGUUGGACCUCCGAGGGUGUAUAAAGAUAAAAGAAGUACCAGAUGGUUUGGGGAUGUUGGUUAAUCUUACAUAUCUCUGCUUAAGAAUGACGGGGAUUAAAAGGAUUCCAGAUGGAGUAGUCUGUAAGUUAAAGAAGCUACAGCACCUUGAAGCGGAUUAUAUUGCGGUGAAGGGAGAAGAAGUUGGAAAAUUGAGGAAGUUGGAGCUACUCCAUUGUCGUUUUGAAAACGUGAAUGAGCUGAAUGAGUACACACGGCAUGCGACAACUAUAGAAUCAUACAGUCUUGUCAUAGGAGCUCAUACAGAUUUCAAAUAUUGGCGUUUGGGAUAUGCAUGUGGUGACAAACUUAUUUAUAUGGGUGAAGGAGAGUAUAAGAUAGGAGAAACUUGUCAUCUCCCAAGAGACGUCACGGCAUUGUGGAUUCAAGGCUAUGGCGGGACGUGGAAUAUAUCCAGUUUUAUGGGACUUGAGGAGCUGAAGGCGCUAUACAUUGAAGGGUGUGAUGAGGUGUCAACACUGAGUGGGAAUGAGGGACAGCCAGAAGAGCCAGAGGGACAGCUGGAGGAACGAACUUCUCCACCACCAGGAGACCACUGCCCUAAUCUCAGGCUGCUAGGUAUUAAUGGAUGUCCAAAAUUAAAGCAUUUGUUGGUGCCUAGACACAGCUGCAGUAUGUACCUUAAGAAACUAGAAAGUCUCGAGAUAUACCACUGCGAGGAGCUGGAGAGUAUAAUAGACGAAGAAGAAUCACUGACAUCAUCAACAUCGCCACUGCCACCGGACGCUUUCUCCCAACUCCAAUCAAUUCAAAUCGUCAAUUGUCCAGAGAUGAAGAAUGUGGCGGGGCCUGAAUUGCUUCCUCUUCUCCAUAACCUCAAGCGGAUUAAAGUUGGUGGGGCCUCCAAUAUGGAGGAGAUAAUAGCAGUGCCAUCCCUUUCCCCAUCACCACCACCAAUUCCUGCAGCCACGUCUACCCCCUUCCUUCCUCUUCUUACAAUGAUUUGUGUUGGACGAUGUCAUAAGAUGAAGAGGGUGCUAACUCUUGAGGUAUUCAUGCUCCUCCCCAACCUCCAGGCUAUCAGUGUUGAUGAUUGCAAGGAGAUGAAGGAGGUUAUAGGCGGCCAAGAAGAAUCACUGACAUCAUCAACAUCACCACUGCCACCCGAUGCUUUCUCCCAACUCCAAUCAAUUCAAAUCGUCAAUUGUCCAGAGAUGGAGAAUGUGGCGGGGCCUGAAUUGCUUCCUCUUCUCCAUAACCUCGAGCGGAUUCAUGUUAGUCAGGCCUCCAAUAAGGAGGAGAUAAUAGCAGUGCCAUCCCUUUCCCCAUCACCACCACCAAUUCCUGCAGCCACGUCUACCCUCUUCCUUCCUCUUCAUACAGAGAUUUAUGUUGAGCGAUUUCAUAAGAUGAAGAGGGUGCUAACUCUUGAGGUAUUCAUGCUCCUCCCCAACCUCCAGACUAUCAGUGUUUAUGAUUGCAAAGAGAUGAAGGAGGUUAUAGGCGGCCAAGAAGAAUCACUGACAUCAUCAACAUCACCACUGCCACCCGAUACUUUCUCCCAACUCCAAUCAAUUCAAAUCGUCAAUUGUCCAGAGAUGAAGAAUGUGGCGGGGCCUCAAUUGCUUCCUCUUCUCCAUAACCUCAAGCGGAUUAAAGUUGGUGGGGCCUCCAAUAUGGAGGAGAUAAUAGCAGUGCCAUCCCUUUCCCCAUCACCACCACCAAUUCCUGCAGCCACGUCUACCCCCUUCCUUCCUCUUCUUACAUCAAUAGAUGUCUGGGGAUGUUCAAAGAUGAAGAGGGUGCUAACUCUUGAGUUAUUCAUGCUCCUCCCCAACCUCCAGACUAUCAGUGUUGAUGAUUGCAAAGAGAUGAAGGAGGUUAUAGGCGGCCAAGAAUUAGACCACGGCGCCACCAGCAGCUUGUUCUCGUCCCCCAUUCCAGCAGUAUCUCCUGGUGAUCAAUUAAGUACAAGAAAGCUGAACUUGAAGUUGUCCUUUCUGCCGGAGCUGGAGAGCAUAUGCAGUUGGACCGGACUUCGGGAUCUCAUACAUGUCAUUGAGAUAAGUAGAUGUCCAAAGCUGAAGAGGAUUGAAAUGCUAGACGAUGCUUCUCCUCCCCCUUCUCUUGAGGAGAUAGUACUAAUAGAAGAAGAGGAUGGAAAUAGAGAUAAACAAUGGUGGGAAUCUCUGGAGUGGGUCCAUCCUGAGGCCAAGACUACCCUUGAACCAUAUGUGUUUGUUUAUUUGUUUCGCCGAAAAAUUCCUUUACGAGAAACAAGUCGUAAUCGUCAGCAGGAUUAGGGAUGGAGGGAUGGACCCAAACUGUGCUCAGAGGAAGUAACUAUACCCAUCAAGAUGGAGAUACAGUAAAACAAUGGCGGGAAUCUGUAGAGUGGGUCCUACCUGAAGCCAAGACUGCCCUUAAACCCUAUUUUUCAUCAAAGUUUGGCCCUACAGAAAGAUUCCUAUAUAGGAAAUGGCGUCAUAGCCGGCAGCAGUCUUAAUGAGGGAGGGACGGAGCCCCCAAACUGUGCCGGAGGAGCCAAUGAUACACGGAGGUGGACUUAUUCAAAUGGAACAAUGGACAGCAGAGCAUCAUCAGAUUGCCUAUUAAAGUAAUCAAAGUCCUAUCCCAACCCUUCCGUCAUCCAUCUUCUCUUGCUGCUGCUGUGAUAGAUUUUCGGAUCAUGGAUAGAUUAAAAGACGGGGAAGUUGGAGAUAGCGAACUGCUGCUUAUGUGAUAUAGUGAUGAGGAGAUGCAUUUGCCCUGCAUAUAUAGUGCAUAGUUUUAUGAAGAACUUGAAACAUAUGUCGACUGUUUGCCUGCUCUGUUAAGUACUGUAACACUCAGAGUAGUCUCCAGAUAUGUUGGCUAUCGGGAGGUGUUACUUACAUGUGUGCCUACAAUAACUGUUCAUCUCGGCAUGCAGAGUGUGUAGAACUCUGUUGAAUCUAUCCAUUGUUCUUCUAAAAAUUCUCUGCGUUUUAAGCAUUUAACUAUGCCAGACUGAGAUGGAAAUGCUGUUCAGUCGGUCAAUAUGUUGACAUGACGAGAAUUGGAGUUCCAUCA